AAAAACAUGGCUGAUACGUCUGGAGAUUGUAGCAACUAGGUGGUAGAUUACUGGCCUAAUUAUGGCGAUAGUGCGUGCAUGGAUGCAUGUGUUUACACUGAUUGUUGGUAAUAUGAGAUAAACAGAGAAAGAGGAGGGGGCUUGCAAGAGAAGAACUGUUUUUACAAAUAUGAUUUCACAAUUAUUGCUUUUUACACCAUUUAACCGCACCCUUGAACUCCUUUUUUGUGACUGAAUCCUCAUUGACAUAUCAGUGCGUGCAUCGUGUUACGCAACAGAGCGCUCCACUCGGAAGCGACUAGUGCGCAACGCAAGGACGACAAAAUUUUUGUAUUCCAUUUUUAUAGUCUAAUCCCACUGAUUUCUGAGGGGAUUACCGCGCCAGAGGGACCGACCUGGUUCGGUCGGUUGUACAUGGACGAGAAAAGUGGAUACACGUCAGGAUCCGCGGAAACAUUUGAAGGAUGUUUUCCAUCUACGGAGGAAAGUUGCCCCAUCAUUUUGUUGAGAUUGUAGAGCGACUCUGGAGGAAAUUUACGGACGUGAGCUGGCUUUUUUGUCUAUGAGCAACCAAUGGAGGAAGCGAAGGUGGAGGAGGAAAUUAAAACAGAACCCAAUUCCAGUGUUGUCUCCGGGCUUACUAUCUACACUCCAGGAGCAACGCUUCCUCCUCCAAACCCAAGCGGUAAGGAGCAGGAUGUUCCCUCAAGGCUGAGCCCCAUUGGAAAAGAUCACACAUCUCUGCCUUCCUGUCAAUCAGGCCCGUUGAGCAGCAGCGACGGCGAGGGGGAAGAGGAGGUUGAGGUGCAAGUCAGGUUGGAGAUCCACAGCCCUCCAGCGGAUGCACAGGUGGAGCUCGUGUUCCAGGACCAAGCUGUAGAAGAAGAGAAGAGUGAAACAUAUGAGAGUGUACCUGACAGUACGAAGAGUACACCCUCACCUGUUCCAACAUCUCCCCCAACAACAACAAGACGCUGGGCACCCCCAAAGGGCUUCUGGAGGGUGGCUCGCCCAGAGACGUUGCUCCUAAAUGGUGUGGACCCCCAUAACAUCCCUUCCGCUCUACCUUGCAAAGACUACACUCAGACAGAAUUGCUCACAGACCCCCAAGCGGAGUCCAAAACAGCUGUUGGAAACGCAGCAGAGGACAGCAAAGCAUCCUCUGAGUUUAGGUAUCCAUGCAGGGUGGAGAGGUAUGACGGAUUGUGUGCCUCAGACAGCGCUUCCUUACAAGGCCAGGGUCUCACAGCUGAGGAGAAACUGAAAGUGAGGCAAAGAGCUCACGCAAAAUUUAAAGAAAGACAGCAAAAUGACAGAGAAGGACAAGAGGAAUGCGGUGGGCAAAGCUGUGGUGAGGCUGCCGGUGCAACAACCAACGUGGAUUAUGAAGAAGCCCACGAGGGAUUGGAGGAAUCAGUCAUUCUUCAGGAACUUGAGCCCCAUUUGAGGUCACUUCUUGUAAUCAGCGAUGAACUUCCUCUGAGCCCAAGGCACGAGCAAGCCAAGCGUCUCCUGGAGCGAGCUCGACUCAAGGCUCGCUCCAACCACGUUAGAGGUGACCGCCCCUGUAGAAGAUCCCAUUCUGAUCACAGAUCGACUGUUAAGAAGCAGCAAUUGGAGUCUCACAAUCCAGCGUCAGUGCAGAAAUUCAUUCAAGACAACCAGGAUCUCCCAGGUCAAAGUGCUUCUGGUCCGCUCCUUGUCCCCGACCAAAGAGACACUUCCCCCGGGGAUGAGGCUGGUCGAUCCAGGCGGUAUGGCUGUUCACCCACACGAGUACGCUUUGAGGAUGAAUCAGAGAAAGAAGCGGAAUCGCGCUACUUGGACAGAGUGAGACAACGCGGUAGACCUGCCAUGCCCAAAUCCAAGAACAGGGACAGCAAUACAGAUUCUAGCAGUAGUGGUUCAGAGAGGAGUCGGAGGCACAGGAGUGUCUCUAUCCUUCCUUUGCAGAAGCAAGACAUGGGUGUGAGUGUUGAUACCACAACAGUCAUUAAAGAGAUCAUUGUGCUGGUGAAGAAAUGUGAGUCGUGUGGCUCUGUCGUGAGGGAACCUCAGCCAGUCUCCUCACUAUCAGAUCCACAGAUGAUUGAGUCACUGCAGACUGGAAACCUUAAAGACACAAGGGGUAAAAUGGUUCCUUGCUGGGUGCCUCCGACCAAACCAGAAGCAAGCACCCGUCCUAAAGCUCCUCUAACUGUCACGUUUGCAGGAGCCUAUGUUCUUGGGGAGAGUAAAGAAAGCAGCACAAGUUGGAAAUCGUCAGGGUUCGGGAAGCUUAGGAGAAGGAGCAGGAAAGGAGAAAGUCGACUUGAGUCCGGUGGCCAUGGUCCUUAUGGUCCGUCAUGGGCACAGAGGCGGAACUCCAAUCCCAGGAACAGAGUCAACUUGAGCAGCCCUGUUUCCUUCGCCCCAGACAGCUCUGUCAGUCUACAACCUCGCUUUCUGGGCACCUCUUCUGGACUUAGAGAAACACCCACGCUGCCUAUAAAGUCAGCUCUCAAGUCCAGCUCAAGGAACCGAUCUGCUGCAAGUCAAUCUUCAGUGCAGUUUCUGAUGACUUCAAAUCAAGGGGGUGAAGCCGGGCCUCAGCAUUCAGCUCUCUUAGACUCACCAGAGACAAGAAGGGACUUGCCUGCGUCUUUAACACAAGGGGCCCUUGCAACAAGCGCCCCAGCGCCCUGUAUUAGACCCUCCACGCUGAGGUACUCCACAGCUCAGCCAGGUGCUGAUGUCUGGGAUGACAUGCUGGACGGAGCAGUGAGCGCAGACACCGGACCUGCUUCAGAGUUCCAUCCUGCUAUGCGCAACCUGGCCUUGUCUCGGGCUGAGGAUCUCAGAGCUGAGCUUCUGAGAGCAGAACACCUGAAAGCUGAGGCUCUAUGGGAGGAAACCUCUGACGGGUCCAGAAAGAUGGAUGGGCGCCCAAAGCUUUUUCUUCGUCGCUUCUUUUCCUCCAUUGGUCUAAACAGUGUUGGCAGACUUGUAAAAGGGGGGCGCUCCAGUAGUAUGGAACAUCUUAGCAUCCCAACAGCCAGGCCUAACACUGCUUCCCCGAGUCCUACACGCAGACCACAACCGACCAUCCGCAUACAGAGGACACCCUCGCUGCAGAGCCUGCAUACGGCGCUGCCAUUGGCCCAACUGCGUAAAGCCUCUUCUGUGCAGAGUUUGGAGAGGAGAACAGAGCGUACCACCAUCCUGGGUGAGAUGCAGAUUCCUUAUGGCCUGGCACCAAGCCCCGAUAGCCCCCAACUUGAGGUCCACCGCGCCAUGAGUGUUGAAGACAUACUUGCCUCCAGGAUGCUGCGACCAGCUGGGAGGGUCUCUCAGGCUUUCCCUGAUGGCUCCCUUCUCCUGGAGCUCAUUAGACCCCCAAACGGUCCUUUCGGUUUCGUCAUCUCAAGGGGCAAAGGUCGACCUGAUACAGGUGUUUACGUGGAGAAAGUUGGUGACGGCACCGGUGAAGUUCCCUACGUGGGUCUCCUGGGCGUCGGUGAUGAAAUUCUACAGGUGAACGGGGAAGUGGUUGCCGGACUCAGUCUGGACCAAGUGACCCGGCUCAUGACACGGGAAAGCGUUGCCUCUCUUCGGAUCAUGCCGGCCCGACGCAGCUCACGUUGACUGGAGGAAUAGGCAGCAUGCACUGUGGACGGACUAUAUAAAUACUAUAUGUUGUAUAUACUGUAUACACUGUAUACUGCAUACCCAUCACAUUUCAGCAACCACUUUUACUACAGUAUAUUUUAAGAAACUACUAUACAAAUGAAACUUGAAUAUACUUUAGAGUAGUCAGUGUACAGCUCAAAUAGCAGUGUAGAUUUACCGUCCUCUAAAAAAUAAGUCAACACACAGCCAUUAUUGUCAAAAUAGCUGACAACACAAGUGAAUACACCUCACAUGUCCAAAUUAUGUCGGAAGUGUCAAUAUUUAGUGUGAGGACCAUUGUUAUCUAGCAAUGCCGUCAUCCUCCUGGGCAUGGAAUUGCAGAGCUGCACUGGUUGUUACACAAAAAUCCUCCUCCACUCAAUUCCGCUUGAGGGUGCCCCACAGGUGCCCAAUUUGGUUCAGGUCUGGAGACACUCUUGGCAAUUCCAUCACCUUCACCUUCAGGUUCCUCUGCAAGGCACUUAUCUUGGAGGUGUGUUUGGGCUCCUUGGAAAACUGUGAUGCGGGAUCAUACAUGCCCUGCUUCAGAAUGUUACAGUACAUGUUUCUCUCAAUGCAUUUCUCUCAAUCUAUACAGUACUAUAAAAAAAAGUGUAGACAACAUAUCCAAGUUUCAUUUCUGUUGUCACCUGAGAAGAUCUAAUAAAAAUGGUUGCUGAAAUGUGAGAGGUGUAUUCACUUGUGAGAUACUUGGGAGAAGUGUAUAUUUUUACAUGUGACAAGAAGGGCCAAUGAUCAUAUUCCUGCAGUAACAAAUGGAGAGCACAAUAUAAAUAGAUAUAGAUGUACAGUAGAUAUAGUGGCUCAACUGCAGCAGGUUUAUUUUUGCAAUGUUUUCAUGAUCAGGACUACUUUUAUCCCGAAAUCCUACAAUGAUUCCCAAUUACAUCUGUAAAAGGUAUUAAAAAUGCAUUAUUUUUGCAUAGCAUCGCUUCCUUGUAAUACACAGACAUAUAUAUAAAGCCAUGUUAUAAAUAUACUAAUAAUAAAUAUAACCAUGUUUGGUGUGACUUUAAAAAGUG